GGGAUUUUCUGAAGUCCUUUAUUGGGUGUAGGUGAACAUGUGCAAUGACAGUUUUGGGCACCUAGUUACGCGGUAAUCAGAAAAUGGUUUUAUGUCAACCUAACCUGACCCAUAUUGCUUUGCAGCUUUUGAGAGAAAGACUCUCAAAAUGUUAAUUGAACUAAAGGCAGCGGUGCGAGACCUUAGGGCUGCAGUAGCAGAAUGCAGGUGUAAUAUGGGGACAGCAGCACUGGAGGAGACCAGUGGUUUGCUCGGGGAUAUUCUGCCAGAGCCACUUUCAACCUGUGAAGAGUGGGAAGAAUUAGAGAGCAAGCUAGAGGACAAUAGUACAAGGAGGAACCUUGCGGAUAGACUAGCAGUCCUGGGUGGUGCAAAUCUCGAUGAUGUGGUGCGUGUCAUAAUGGAAACAUGCACCAAGAAAUCACUGCAGCAGAAGAUUACGGUUGAGGGCCGGAAUGGAAAGCGAUCCUUCAAGGGCACACGCCUUUUUGACUGUGUCCUCACUGCCGUCCAUAAGCGGAUGGACACCCUCAAAGUCCCUGUAACGGACAAAGAGAUCACUGCCCGUGUGGGACGAUACUUGACCUGCGCAGGUGACAGGGAAGGCGGAAGGAAACAAAGAGCUGUGAGGCAUUAAAGCGGUUUGCUUAUUUCCUGGGUAAGAUAUUCGUAGAUUACU